AUGGAGCCACAUAACCUGGAGGCGGCAUCGACCUACAUUAAUAAUGUCCUCCUUGCUCGCGGGUUGCUGAAGAGCGGCAGCCCGAUCGACUUUGCUCAGCCCGACAAUGACGAGGGCGGAGUGGCCACGACGAUGGGGAAGAUCAUCAACCUGGUGAAUGAUCUGGUUCUCAGACGAGAUCGCGAAGCAGAGCAUCGAGAGAAUCUGGCCAACACCAUUCGAACGCUGCGGGCGGAAGACGCGCAGAAGACGCUCGAUAUUGAAAAACUCCAGACGAAGACCUCCGACUUGACUCGAUCGCUGGCUCUGGCAGAGGCCCAAGAACGCUCCUUAAAGUCCAACAUGGCCGGCACGGACUCUACGAUCAGGGGACUGAAGGAGCAAGUGCAGCGUAUGAAGACCACCAUCCAGCAAGUGCGCGCGCAGUGUGCCAACGACAUCCGCAAAAGAGACCUGGAGAUGCAGAAGUUGAAAUCCCACCUGGCCGAGCGGCAGAGAGGAAAAAGGGAGGGCCUCGGGGUCACGACCAUCAACAUCAAUCCCGCAGUCGAACGCUCAUCCAGAAUGAAACUCUCCAAGGGGGGUGAGGGUAUCAACGACCCGGGAUACAGCUUGAAACAAGAGACGAACGAUUUCCUCACAGAGCUACUGCAGAACCUGAGCGACGAGAACGACGCUUUGAUUAUGCUGGCGCGGAACACUGUUCAAACCUUGAAGGAUCUUCAGGGCCUGCCGCAUGUCGAAGAAGACGAGGGCGCGAUCGGGUCUGCCAGCGUCGGAACUCACAAAUCUUCACAAGGUCCUGUCACUACUCUGCCUUCAUCAUGCGAGGACCUGUCCGAGCAGAUGGAUGGGGUCUUGGAGCACCUGAGAACGUUGCUUACGAACCCGUCUUUCGUCCCCUUGGAAGAAGUCGAAGUGCGAGACGAGGAGAUUGUGAGGCUACGAGAAGGCUGGGAGAAGAUGGAAGCCCGGUGGAGACAGGCCGUCACUAUGAUGGAUGGCUGGCAUACGCGAAUUGCCGACGGCGGCGGCUCGGUCCAAGCAGAGGAGCUACGACUGGGAAUGACACUCGAUCUGAGCGUGGAUUCCUCGCGAGGCCGAGCGGCCGAUGGCGAGCGCGAUACGAACAUGCAGUCGCCGAUCUUCGAAGACCAAGAGGCCGAGGAAGAGGAAGAGGCCGCCGACCAAGUCGUCCCAGUACAGGCCGACCGCAUUUCCGACUCCGCCAACGAGAAACAGCCCGUGCGGGAGGAGAAGUCGCAGAAGAGUUCCAACCGAGCACUAAAAGAGCGGAGCGACAACAUCAGACCUACACGACUGUCGCGGAAGGUUUCCUUCACACCCGGACUGCAGGGAUCUCCAUGCGAUCCUCCUCGUGAGGAAGAUGAAACCCUCCAAACCAAAGCCCACCGAUCAGAGGCCGUGACGCGUAGGGCCUCCAAGCGGAGGCCAGAAUCCCAAACGACAACCCGUCAGGCCAACCACCCGAGCAGAGCGCCGAAGCAAGAAGAUCCCACUCCGACCAGCAAGGAGCAGCAUGCAUCUGAUUACUCGACCCGACUCAGCGUGCAGCAAAAGCUCGCCGCCGUUGAGAGUGAAGCGCGAGCUGCCGAGCAAGCGCGUAAGGAGAGCGAAAGCCGCAAACGAACUCGAGGCGGCAAGAAAGCGUCAAAGGCGACGAGCGAUCGCCGACGCAGCACUUUGACCCACGACGAACUCGGGGAGCUGAUGGGGAUGCCCUCGAAGUAA